AAUAAAUAAUAUAAAUUAUUGAAUAUAUUAAUAAUUAUUAAUGAGUGAAUGAAAAUCCUCGUCACACCCUGAGUUCGCUGAGAAGGUCGUAGGACCUAAGAUGGCGGACCUCCGUUGUUUUGCCGUCAAUCGGAGAAGACUUACGAACUCAAAUGAAUCGAUUCCCUGAUGCCUAUCAUGUCCAAGGAAUCCCAGACUGUUAUGAACGAACAUGACAGGUUGUGGACGGCCGUCUAUGACUAUGAGGCUUCUGGUGAGGAUGAACUAUCGUUAAAAAGGGGUGUACAAGUAGAAGUUCUAUCGAAAGAUGCCAAGAUAUCCGGCGACGAAGGAUGGUGGACAGGUAAAAUCGGAGACAAAGUUGGGAUAUUUCCUAGUAACUUCGUCACACGAAAAGAUAAUGUGAAUGUACGACCAUUUGAAAUUAAAUUCUCGGAGUUUGAAUUAGAAGAGGUAAUAGGUGUCGGUGGAUUUGGUAAAGUCUAUCGAGGUUACUGGCGUGGUGAAGAAGUUGCAGUCAAAGCUGCGAGGCAAGAUCCCGAUGAAGAUAUUAGUGUAACCAUUGAGAAUGUUAGACAAGAAGCAAAGUUGUUUUGGCUGCUUAAACAUCCCAACAUAGUAACAUUAAAAGGUGUUUGUCUAGAAGAACCUAAUUUAUGCUUGAUUAUGGAAUACGCGAGAGGAGGUCCGCUCAAUAGGGUGCUCAGUGGUCGUAAUAUACCACCUAAUGUUUUAGUAAAUUGGGCUAUACAAAUUGCACGUGGCAUGAACUACUUACAUUCAGAAGCACCAGUUUCUUUAAUUCAUAGAGAUCUUAAGUCAAGUAAUGUAUUAUUAAGUGAAGCAAUUGAAAAUGGUGAUUUAAGUAACAAAACAUUAAAAAUUACUGAUUUUGGUUUGGCACGAGAAGUCUACAAAACAACCCGUAUGUCUGCAGCAGGUACUUAUGCAUGGAUGGCACCAGAAGUUAUUAAAACAUCAACAUUUUCAAAAGGAAGUGAUGUCUGGAGUUAUGGAGUGGUACUCUGGGAACUUCUUACUGGAGAAACACCCUACAAAGGAAUUGAUGCUCUUGCUGUAGCGUAUGGAGUAGCUGUAAAUAAAUUAACUCUUCCAAUUCCUUCUACAUGUCCAACUGCUUUCUCUAGAUUAAUGAAAGCUUGUUGGGAUCCAGAUCCACAUAAUCGUCCAACUUUUGUUGAUAUUUUACAUGAUCUAGAAGAAAUAGCUAGAUCACCAUUCAUGAGUACUCCACAAGAAUCUUUCCAUACUCUUCAAGAAGAUUGGAAGCAUGAAAUUGAAGAAAUGUUCCAUGAGCUUCGCUGUAAAGAAAAGGAACUGCGAUGCAGAGAAGAGGAACUUACUAAAGCAUUGCUUCAACAAAAAAUUCAUGAAGAGUUUUUACGGAAAAGAGAGAAAGAAUUAGCUGAACGAGAAAUUGAUCUUUUGCAACGAGAACUUAAUGUAAUAUUUCUCCAACAGCAAGAAGGAAAACCUACACCAAAAAAACGAAAAGGAAAAUUUAAAAAAAGUAGACUUAAAUUAAUAAAAGGUGCUCAAUUAAUCAGUAUGCCUUCAGAUUUUAGGCAUAAUAUAACUGUUCAAUCAUCACCUGCAAUAUGGCCAGAAGUAAAAGGAUUGCGAAUGGCUACUAGUCCAGAAAGUCCACCAGCCUCACCAAAUCUACCUCGUUUGCGAGCAUAUGCAUUCCCUGCUGAUGGUGUCAAAGGUAAAACAUGGGGUCCUAGUUCUGUUCAUCAGAAAGAAAGAGGUCAUUCAAGAAGAUUGCUUUCGGAUGGUAAUAAACGGUGGUCAAGGAGUGCUCCUAACUUAGAAAAACCUCAGAGUCCGUUCCAUACAGCAUCAAGUAUCGGAGCCUUGCAUGAAUAUGAUACAGAUAGCGAUGGCUCACCUCAUCAUCAUCAUCACCAUCAUAUAUAUAACGGUACAUGUUCUGCUGGAAAUAGCUUAAAACGAGCAUCAUUACCUAGAAGAUUAUUGGAUUCGGUGCUAUAUAAUAUUGGUGCAAUGUUGGCCUGUGUGGGAACUGGAAUUGAUAUUCGUAUAGGUAACCAGUCUCACACUCGAUCAAGGUUUGGUUCUCCAUGGGAAGAGGAAGAAGAAGAGCGUAAAUGGUGGGGAUAUUGUGAGCCAGGUUCCCCAUAUUUUUCAAGUGCAGAGUAUGAAUUCUCCUCUCUGUCAGGAUUUCCACACAACACAUACCAUGGACGUUCUCGACAUUACAGGCCAACAUUGAAUCUAGAGACCGGUUCGCCAUUAAGAUUUACAGAUUCUCCCCAGCAUGCUCCUAGUAUUAGUUCUGGAGGAUCUUUUACACCUCUUGCUCAAAGCCCCUGUCGCAAACUCUCUAAUACUAGUAGUGAAGGUGAACAAGGUUUUCAAAAUUCAGGAACACCUUCAGCACUUCCAGCUUGUGACAGGUCAUCAUAUUUGAGACAGGAAAGUUAUCCAGCUCCUCCUCCAAAAUCACGUUUCUCAGAUUAUGCACUGCCACCAGAGGUGCCUUACCGGUAUUAUCAAGGAAGUGGAAUUGAGGCACCAUACUGUAUUGAAAGAUUUUAUCCAGACCUCACUAGGCCUGAUGUAUUUCAUGUAGAAAGAAUCUAUCCUGAAUAUUCACCUCAUCCAAAUGGAUAUCUUGCUUACGAUAAUCCCAAUUCUGUAAUUUCAGUUUCUUCCUCAGCACAAAUUGUUCAACCUCGAACUCCUCAGAGGAUAGUAUACACACACAGGCGCACUCCUUCAAAUGUUUCUAAUGCAUCUAGUGCUUCUUCUAAUGUAAAUCCUUCAUUUCAUAUGGAUGACCAUGAUUCAGAAAAUCAACAAACAACUCUUCCUUCUCAUGCAAUAUCUUAUCAUCAUACUGUAGCAUCUCCAGUACCAUCUCCUUCAUCAUCACUUACAGGAACACCUCGAAGACAUAGUGUUCGUGAGCCAUCUCCUGAUCAACCUCAUGUAGUUGAUGCCACCAGUCGUUACCGUCCCCAAGCAUCUAAAUUGAAACAAACAAUAGGUAGGACAUCGCCAAAAGAGUGGGCAGCUUCAUCCACUUCAAGUAUAUCAGUAAAUUCAAAUAAUACAUAUACUUCUCCAACAACAACUAAUGAAACUUCAUCUGUAUCUCGGGUACGUUUCAGCAUUACAGAAGAUCAAGAAGAUAUCAAAAGUACUGCAAAUAAAGCAAUAGGGACUAAUGAACAUGAAAUUACACUUUUAGAUAUGCCAUUAGAUGGAGAAUUGAAAGAUGAAACUAUUCCACUAACUGCAGUGACACGGUCUUUAAAAUCUGACCAACCAUCCGUUAUUGAACUUGAAAAAGAAUUUCUAUCAUAGUGACCAUAAGACUAGGCUCUUCAACUUAAAUUUAUUAAAAUAAAUCCAAUUUGUUGGCAAAUCACUAUUAUUAUUUGACUAGUGCAAACGUACAGUCGGAUUAUGCUCAUCAGAAUUACAUUCCUUCACAGUUAAUUCAUAAAAGGGAACAAAAAUUACCUACAUUCCUUAUUUUAAGGAAUAAUGCAUUAUUUCUUCCCUUGUGGUAACUAAUACUUAAAAAUUUAUGAAGGCUGUAUUGUUUUUACUUUUGAGUGAUUUUGCUAGCAAAUAUUAAUUAUACAAUUUAACAUUCCAUAACAUUCCUGUUGGAAUGAUUACCAACUUUCUUUUUCUUCCCAAAGAGCUUUCCAAAAAGUUCAUGUGAUUUGAGUGAGAUAUUCAAUGGAAAAAAUUAACAUUUAAAAUAUUAAGAACAUGAAUAUCUGAAAAUUUCAAACUAGCAGCAUUGAGAUUGAUAAUGGCAGAGAAUGAAUUAGAUUCUGUGAUGGUCUCUCUAUACUUUUUAGCUUAUAGUAAAAAAAUCAAAAAUUGUAACUCAAAAUGAUAUAAAUCAUGAAUUGUAUAAAAUUUGAAAAUAAGAUUAGAUUGCAUGAUUGCUACUCUGAACCUAUUAUAUAUAUUCAGAGUAUCUUGAAAAUUUAGGACAAACUUACACUAUAGAUUUGAAGAUCAAAUAAAUAUAUUUUAUUAAAACAUUUCUCACCUCUCAUAUAAAUACGUAGGGCUGAAGCACAUUGAUUAAAGACUUAUGUACAGAUUUUAUGAUAUUAAUUUGAAAAAUAAUUUUAAAAUUUUAUUAAUUACUUUACAAAUUAGUUAUAUUUGUAAGGAUUCAUAUAUGCUUUUUGUCAGCAAAAAUCUUGUUUGAAUAUUUACUUAUUCACACAAUACAGUGGUACCUCAGGUUACGAACGCCCCAGCAUACGAAAUUUUCAGGAUACGACAUGAAAUUCGAACAUAUUUUUGCUCCACGAUACGAACAAAA